AUGCCACGAUCAAGAAGUGCAACACCCUCAUCACGACGUUCUCGUUCGCCUCUAUCGGAUCAUGAUAGUGACAGUGAACGAGCCAAUGAAUAUCGCGUUCAUAUAGCUGAAUUGACGCCGGGUGUUCAAGAAAGCGAAGUACGUAAAAUGUUUCAACGUUACGGUACACUUUUGGAUGUUUGGGUUGCGAGUGCAUCGUGCUUUGCAUUUGUUGUCUAUAAACUCAAGGAAGAAGCUCAAAAAGCAAUCGAUCAUAUGGAUGGAAGAUCAUUUGGAAAUAAUCGUUUAAAGGUAACAUGGGCAAGACCACGAGCUCGAAACCGUGCUCCACGUCAUGAUCCAAAUAUGCGUUGCUAUAAAUGUGGACAACGAGGACAUUUCAGUCGUGAAUGUGAUGGUCAAACGACAGAUAGACGUCCAUCGCGUCGUCGUGACAAUGACUACGAUCAAUUCUCAUCAUCAAGCUAUAGACAGUACUCGAGGUCUCGUUCACCGUUUCCAUCACCUGCAAUGCCGCCAUCAUCCUAUUUUCGUCAUGGAAUGCCAAUGUAUUCGUCGUUGUCGCGACGCUAUGAUCCUACUAUGGAUGGAUAUUUUCCACAUCAAGAACGAUCAAAUGGUCAUGAUUAUCGUUAUCGAGAUCGUGGUACACGAUUAACACCACCAUCGGCACGAGCCAGAUAUAAUCGCCGAUGA